CAGAGCAAUUCUACUGCAGCAUAACAUUCGCUUUUCUAUUCUUAUAUAUGCAACACAACCACCAAAUUCUUAUUUGUGAGUCAGCGCUCCGAGGGCUUUGUCUCUUCUGUUUACAGUGUGACAAGAAAAUAAGCCCAUGCAAUCGUCUCUAAAUAGUAAAUACCAAUUCAAGCAGUCCAUGAAUUUCAUGUCUGGCAGCACACACUAGGCUUUUUUUUCCUCCGCCGGCUCCAGAAGGAAGGGUCACAGACAGGCUGAUGUGCUGUUCUGUGCAAUGGUCUGUGAUGGUACUGGCUUGCCAGUUGCAUGCAUGAAUAACAAACUGAGGGAGUUAUAUUUGGUUUAAUUUCCUAAGGCAGAAUCAGUCCCUAACUCUCAAACUACACACAAAUACUCCUUCAUGAGCCUGCUCAAACCAAACAAUGAUUCCCAGAGGAGAGCAGCAUCACUGGAAGCUAAGACUCAUCAGGUGAACCAGAAAUAAUGAUGCUGGGGCAAAGUUAUUUCAACUUCAUUCUGUUAUAUUUUCAGAUUUACAUCAGCACAGGUUUUUAUUUAUUUCACUUUACAUUAAAAUUAUAUAAGGACUUGCAGAUUGAUGACUAUAACACCACUACAAAAUGUGUGUGUGUGUGGGAGGGGAGGUCGUGAGUGGGACAAGUAUGGCCACCUAACGCCUAUCUUAACACACAUAUGCAUAAAUAAAGGUGACAGUGUUUAGUUAAGCUUGACGGUCAAAUGUUGUUAGCUUAUGGUGGUAGCUACCUGUAUCUUAGCUAUGAGCGUCGUGAGGCAGCGGCUGCAUGAUUUCAUGAGGAUGAUUCAGCCGGAUGAGAAGUGGGACUGUACGUUUUUCACCCGCAAAGAAAUUUUGCGGUUGCAUGGCAGAUAUCAUGAGUUGGCUCCACAUCUUGUACCAAUGGACUACACCAAUGAUCCUGAUUGCAAACUUCCUUUAGCCUUGAUAGUCAACAUGCCAGAGCUAAAGGAAAACCCAUUUCGCAACAGGAUCGUGGAGUCUUUCUCAGAGGACGGGAUGGGGAAUCUCAGCUUCAAUGAAUUUGUGGACAUGUUCUCAGUCCUCAGUGAAAUGGCUCCUAGAGAACUCAAGGCCAUAUAUGCCUUCAAAAUAUAUGAUUUCAAUGUGGAUAAUUACCUGUGCAAAGAGGACCUGGAAAAGACUCUGAAUAAGCUGACAAAAGAAGAGUUAACUCCUGAGGAGGUGGAGCUGGUGUGUGAGAAAACCAUCGAGGAGGCCGAUUUGGACGGAGACAACAAACUCUCCUAUGCUGACUUUGAAAAUAUGAUAUCUAGGGCUCCUGACUUUUUAAGUACCUUCCAUAUACGAAUCUGAGAGGGCUCCAUGGAGGAUUUCCAAGGUCGGCAGCGUGAUAAACCUCAGGACUCUACCUGAACCGUGUCUUGGCCACAGCACAGUGCCUGUCUCCCACUCCCAUUGUCAAAAAAAAAUAAAAAUAAAAAUCACACAUCAGUGCUCUCAAGCCUCAGUAAAGCCUGCUUAGUUAAAAAGCAAAAUACUGGGUAAAGCUGAACUACAAUAUCAGGGCCCUGAAUUUCUUUAUUGUAGAUGAAAAUGUAUUUUCCUUUCACCACCUGCAAAGGGCUCGAGCUGGACUGGUCUUUUGUUGGGAGAAAAGGCCUCUCUUCUACAUUUUAAGGUUGAAAAAUGGGAAAUGAAACAAGCCUCAUACGUGGAUAGUCGCUUAUCGAGCACAUUCAAGUAUGCAUUAAAAUGCUUAUCUACCUACAGCAUAUUGCACGUCUUCCUACAGUGACUCACUAGAUAUAAGGCAAAGGACAAAGCUUGAAGUGAAUGAAAGCACAGCAUUGGUAUUAAGGGCAUACAGAGCUAUGCAAUAUUUGUACAUGCAGUGUAUUGCUUUUAGUCAUUUUAGGUUGUGUUUUUUUUCUCUCUUGUGGAACUGGAGCAAGAUGACAAUCAUAUCUUACUGUUACUCCAGUUAAAUGAAGGGCUCUGUCAUCUGAAUUCAUUUUGGUAGCUUUCAUCUGCCUCAGCCAUUAUCAUUAGUCACAGCCAUUUUGGACAUACAUUUCACAGUAUUUUAUGUGACUUCAGGUAUUUGUCUUACUUUUAAUAAAUGUUUUUUUUGUGUGUG